GAGGAAACAGCCGGGGAGUAGUCAAACAGCGUCGGAGCGGAGACGGGAACGUGAGAGGCGGCCGUUGGUUCUCGGCCGCUCCCGACAUUAUGCUGGUCCGCAGACGCCCGCUUGCGCUCAGGUGUCGGCUCCGCGGGCGCUGAAUGGCGCUGGUUACCGUGCAGCGUUCGCCGACCCCCAGCACCAGCUCCAGCCCCUGCGUGUCGGAGUCUGGGAGUGGGGAGGACGACCGCCGCUCUCAGCCAAGAAGCAUCAGUGAAAGCUUCCUGACCGUCAAAGGGGCUGCUCUCUUCUUGCCUCGAGGAAAUGGCUCCACGGCGCCCGCUGGCUCUCGCUUCUCACAGCUGCGCAACAAGCACGCAGGAGACAUCCAGCAGCACCUGCAGACCAUGUUCACCGUCCUGCGGCCGGAGGACAACAUCAAACUGGCCGUGCGUCUGGAGAGCGCCCACACUCAGGUGACCCGCUACAUGGUGGUGGUGUCCACCAACGGGCGGCAGGACACGGAGGAGAGCGUGGUGCUGGGAGUGGACUUCAGUCCCGUGGACAGUUCCUGCUCCGUGGGGAUGGUCCUGCCUCUGUGGAGUGACACGCUGAUCCAUCUGGACGGAGACGGGGGCUUUAGUGUCUCCACGGACAACAGGAUCCACGUCUUCAAGCCGGUGUCGGUGCAGGCGAUGUGGUCGGCGCUGCAGUCGCUCCACAAGGCCUGUGAGGUGGCGCGCAGCCACAACUACUUCCCCGGCAGCUUGUUCCUCACCUGGGUCAGCUACUACCAGAGCCGCGUCUCCUCCGACCAGGCUCGCAUCAACGAGUGGAACGCCAUGCAGGAUGUGCAGUCGCACCGCGCCGACUCGCCCGUCCUCUUCUCCGACGCACCCACGGAGCGAGAGCUGACCGAGCGGCAGAUCAAGACCAGCUUGAAGGAGAUCAUGAUGCUGAAGGAUCUGGAGAACGUCACCUGCAAAGAGAUCCGGACCGAGCUGGAGAUGCACAUGACGUGCAACCUGAGGGAGUUCAAGGAGUUCAUCGACAACGAGAUGAUCGUCAUCCUGGGCCAGAUGGACAGUCCCACCGAGAUCUUCGACCACGUCUUCCUGGGAUCGGAGUGGAACGCCUCCAACUUGGAGGAGCUGCAGAAGAGCGGGGUGCAGUACAUCCUGAACGUCACCAGGGAGAUUGAUAACUUCUUCCCCGGCGUGUUCGAGUACCACAACAUCCGUGUUUAUGACGAGGAGGCCACGGACCUGCUGGCCUACUGGAACGACACCUACAAGUUCAUCUCCCGAGCCAAGAAAGCCGGCUCCAAGUGUCUGGUGCACUGUAAGAUGGGCAUCAGCCGCUCUGCAGCCACGGUGAUCGCCUACGCCAUGAAGGAGUUCGGCUGGGACCUGAGCAAAGCCUUCCAUUACGUCAAGGAGCGCCGCGCCGUCACCAAGCCCAACCCUUCCUUCAUGAGGCAGCUGGAGGAGUACCAGGGCAUUCUGUUGGCCAGUAAACAGAGACACAACAAACUGUGGCGGUCGCACUCUGACAGUGACCUCUCGGAGCACCACGAGCCUCUGUCCAAGUCUUUGGCUCAACCGCACAGCCUGGGCCGCUCCGACCCCCACAACCAGAGCGCCGGCACGGAGGGCCCCUCAGUGAAGGAGCUGCUGGAGUCCCUGGCCACGGCCCAGAGUCCCUCCCAGGCCGGGGCCCGCCCGGUGUCGGCCCCGGCUCACGCCUCUCUCUCCAACGGCGUGUGCGAGUCGGCUCCGCCUCGCUCGCAGUCGAGAGCCGCCGCUCUGGUGCCUGAGCCUCCCAGGACUGACAGGCCGUCCCCCUCCCCCCACCCCUGCUCUCAGGUGUCGCCUAAACCCACUCAGGGGUCAGUGCCUGCCCACAAGCCCAACAGCGAGUCCGGCCCGUCUCCGGACGCCGCCCCCGUCCUUCAAACCAGUGAUUUCAUAAGCAACUCCAGUGCCAUUGAGCAAGACGGCGGCGUGCUGUUCGGCCACGGUGGAGACCACAUUAAUUUCUUCAGUGCCAGAGAGAAGUUCAAGGGAAUGACCCGCGAUGGGAGGAGCCAGUCGGGGAAGAACUGUUGGAAGGAGCCGGUGCCAGAAGUGAUGGACGGGAAGGAGGAGAGAAGAGCGGUGAGCUGCCUUGUGCAGGUCGCAGGACUGAAACCUGCCCCGCCUCCGUCUCAUGACAAGCAGGAGGCGGAGCCGAAGAAGCCGCAGGUGGACGGUGCCUCGCCGGCGAAAGAGAGGGACGAGGAGGAGACGACGGAGCGUCUCUACUCUGAUUGGACGAGAGGGUCGGUGCGGCGCGCGACACGGCAGCUGGAGCAGAAGCUGAAGAAGCGCGAGUCGCCGUCGCCGUCCUCGUCGCCGCCGUCGCUGACCCGAAGCUCGUCGUGCUCUCAGUGGCGGCCGGCUCAAGGCCAGGCCGGCGAGGAGACGGAGGGCGCCGGACGCACCGGACUCCUGCCGCCUGCUGAGCUGCCAGACAUCACUACCUCGACCGAGUCGCCCUUCACCUCGGUCAGCUUCCUGUGCCUGGAGGGCGUCACCGAGCUGGAGUCCGGCACGGACCUGUGGCCCGGGCCGCCCAGCUGUGACAUCAUGAGGGAGACCUGGGAGACGCUGUGCGAGCUGGGCGCCUUCCUGCAGCAGGUCAGCGUGGGCGGGGCCUGCAGGCUGGACCCGGCGCAGAAGCAAGGCAGCGGCGGCGGCGGCAUCCAGGGGCGGGUCCGGGAGGUGGAGGCCCGGAUCCGGCAGGCGGGGCUCACCCCUCCCUCGCUGAUGAAGCGCUCCGCCUCUCUGGCCAAGCUGGGCUGCCUGGAGAAGCUGGCCAAUGAGCUGAGCGAGUGGGAGCUGAGCCGUGCCUGCGCCGCACCACCCGCGCCGCCCCUCCCCACGCUGGCCGACGACUCCAAGAAGCAGCGCGUGCAAGGGGCCCCGCCGGCCCCUGAGGAGCCCGGCACAGACUCGCCGGCAACAGCGGCCCCGCGGCAGCAGUACGGCCGGACUCACCCGCUGCGGCGGCUGAAGAAGAGGACCGUGAGCGCCCUCUACCACACCAUGUGACCUCCGCGCAAGCCGGCCAGACAAACCACUGCCUGUUGCCUUAUCGGACUCGUGGAGCACGUCCACCAGAAGGCGCUGCGUGAAACCCUAACGGAGCAACAAUCCAGUCCUGGAAGACUUGGCUUUGCCGAGUCAGCACAUGUUCUCUGGGCGGAGUCGCUAGUCAGGCAGGUGACGUGACCAGAGUCUGCAGGGCGGGUCACAUGGGGCCAGCCGGAUGAGGGUGUUUCCUUCUGAAUCUGACGUCUGUAGCAAAGCCAUCCCCCGUCACCAGGUAUCAUCAGCUGUUUCCAGUUUAACACCAGAAACCACACAGCAGCCGUCUGUGACCGGCCCUCACCAACAGCAGCCUCCCAGGACACGCGAGUCAGCCAGGCUUUUCAUCCCCGUUUGUUUGGCUCAUGGCUUUGAAACGCUCAACACAGACGGUCCUCAGAAGAGGCGUUUGAUGGCAGCUGCCAUCAGCGGCCAGAGAGAGUGGAGACGGCGUCCUCUCCUGGGCCCGCCCCCCCCCCACGGCUCCUGAAUCCCUACAAGUGGCGACCGUUUCCAUUGAAUGUAGUUUCCUCCCGUCGUCACUUGCGAGCUUCACUGGAAGAAAUGUCUCCGGCGGCGGCGGCGGGUUGUCGUCCAUCCCUCUCGACUCAAUACCUCUGAUCCGUCUGAGGCAGCGUCACCGACCCGGCGACUUAUUUAACUCUGUGUGUGUGUGUGUGUGCGCGCGUGUGUGGAGAGGGGGUGUGGACAUGUGUUUUUAUAUAUCUGUGCGUGCGGUUUUUUGUUGUUUUUUUUAACUGACGUCACUUUUGUGCGCGUGUGGAGGAGGUGCCUGUGGCUGCUGUACACCAGGUCUGGCGCACAUGCACUUUACUCCGUUUUUAUUUCGCCCGGGCUCGUUGGUGUCACUCUUGUUUCGGGAAGCAUUUUUACCUUGGAGUUGACUUUUCCUCGGAACUUUUAUUUUUGGAACGAUAUCACUGUACAACGUCUUUUAUAUCAUUCGCCUCAACUGUGACGAUUAAACGUGGAAUUUCA